AUGUUUGGUGCUUUGGAGCUUGGCGAGCAGAUUGAUUGGUUUGCUCGAAGAAAUGGGUUUCUUGAUAACAUUUAUGUUGGCAAUGCCUUGAUCGACAUGUAUGCAAAAUGUGGGUGCAUUGGAGGAGCUAGCCAUGUUUUUGAAGGCAUGCAACACCGGGAUGCCUAUACAUGGAAUACACUGAUUGUUGGUUUGGGUACCCAUGGCUGUGGUGACAAGGCGAUUGCAGUUUUUCAGCACAUGCGUGCUGCUGGAUUCAAACCUAAUUCCAUUUCCUUCCUUGGGGUGUUUUGUGGAUGCAGCCACCAAGGUCUAGUUAAGGAAGGGGAAGAGUGCUUCAUGAGAAUGAGCAGUGAAUUUUGUUUGCAGCCUGAUAUUAAGCAUUAUGGGUGUAUGGUGGAUCUCUAUGGCCGUACAGGCGAACUUGAAAAGGCAUUUGAGAUGGCUCAAGAGAUCCCAGCUGGUGCUGUUGCUGAUGCUGAUGCAAUAAUAUGGCAGACUCUGCUUGGUGCCUGCAGGAUUCACAAAAGUUUGAAAUAUGGUGAAAUUGCAAUGCAGAAUCUAAUGCAAUUGGGUGAACAUAAUGCAGGGGACUGUUUUCUUCUUGCUGGAAUCUACGCUGAUAACGGUAAUACCCAGGGAGUGGCUAAGAUGAGGAAGAUGGUUAAAGACCAGGGGAUCAGAACAAAACCUGGAUGGAGUUGGAUCGAAGCUGAUGGUGGUGUUCACAAGUUUGUUGUAGGGGAUCAUUCACACCCAAGUUCGAAGGAGAUUCAUGAGAAAGUAAGAGAGAUCAUGUGCAGAGUAGGAUACAGUGAACAAUCUUCUGAGCCAAUGUUUAUGGUGGACUCGGAAGAGGAAUGCAUUGGGAACUAG